AUGGAUUCCAGUUACGUGCCCGUUCGCCUGACAGAAAGCCAUGAUGAAGAGAUAUGUGAGGAAGAAGAAAAGAGGCCGCUGAGAUCUCGUUUUCAAUUUCCCCUGGAUUCUCGCUCCAGGAAGAGAACGCCUCGGUUCUGGCUUAACCUAUGGUCGCUCUUCAACACGAUAUUCAGCGUGGCUCUUCUGAUCGUUGCUAUAUUUCUGAUAAACCAAACAAAAGGGCUAACUGAUAAACCUGUGCCUGUAUACUGUGAGUACUUCAAGAGUUUGGCACAGUCAAGCGCUGACAUCUAUGAUAAAGCCCCUGUGCGCGAGGACGGUGCUGAACGGUAUAUCAAUACACGCUACCGGCCAAAUAGAUUAUUCCAGUCUUCUCCAUCAGAUGAGGUAGACGAGGCUUGGAAUGGAUGGUUACGAGAGCAUGACCAUCUGUUCAAGUUUCCGCAAGAGAAAGCGAGAGAAGUCGGACUGCCUGAGACAGUUGAGCUCUAUAACGACCCAGGAUAUGGCGCUUACGGGUUGGGUGUUUAUCAUCAAAUGCACUGCCUGAAUAGGAUUCGAAAAUCAUUCUAUCCCGACCGCUACUAUCCCAACCAGACUCAACAUCAAUUACUGCACCACAUCAAUCACUGUUUUGACGUGCUUCGACAAGCCAUUCUCUGCCACGGUGAUAUCUCAGUCGUGUACUGGUGGAACAAGAACUACACGUAUAUUGAUCCCGCUGGGAAUCGACAGUAUUCCGAGGAUUAUUUGCGCAGGACGCCUGAGGAACGUGACACUGGAUCCUUUGUAACGUGGGAUAGUCAGCUCCAAUGUCGUGACAUGGAUGCUAUCAAUGCGUGGGCGAAGGUAAAUCAAGUCGAUGAUGAUAAAUAUGGGGGACAGGUUGUGGAUUGA